AUGUGGAAAUACGGACCAUCCACUCUGUUGUUAAGACGAUCAUAUGCGAUACGAUCAGGUGUCAAGACUGGCGGCUAUCAAAUCAGAUCAAGUAGGGAUAAGCCUAUCAAAUUUGAUAGGAAUUUACCGCAAUAUAGUAGAAAAAAGGCCUGGGAGAUAGCCGGUGAGGACAAGGAAUCAUGGUUUAAGAGAAAAUAUGCUCAUGUUCAUGCUAGGGAGAAAAGAGAAAGAAACGAGGGUACAGAAAGGAGGGAUCCCUACGGGAAAAGAGAGGCCUAUGCAAAUAAAGUGAAGUAUAAGCAUGAUGAAGAGAGGUCACAACAUGAGAGACAUGUUUCUCAAUACAAGAAGCGAGAUGACGUGAGUGGCCUACAGGUGAAUCCAUUAAUGGAAUACAUCUACGGGACGAAUUGUGUUAUGGCGGCUUUAAAGAAUGAUAAGAGAGAAUAUUUCAAUAAAUUGUUCUUUUACGGAAGUUUAAAUCCAUCUAUUGGAAAACUAGUUAAGGAUCGAGACGUCACCUUAGAACAAACUGACAAGCAUAGAUUGAAUCUCCUGACCAAUUACGGAGUCCACAAUAAUAUAGUCCUUGAAACUAAACCGCUACAACCUAUGGAAUUAUCUCAUUUGGGCCCGCUCGAUCAGGAAUCCGGUAUAAUGUCAUUACAAGAAAUUGGGUUCGAUAAUACGUCUUUAAUUCCACAUGAAAUACCGUAUAAUAACAAAUCGUGCCCGAAUAAAAAAUACCCAUUGGGAUUAUUCCUUGACGAAGUGACCGAUCCACAUAAUGUCGGUGCCAUCAUUAGAAGUGCAUAUUUCCUAGGUGUCGACUUCAUCGUCAUGACGAGGAAAAAUUGUGCCCCCCUAUCCCCUGUGGUGGACAAGACAAGUAGCGGUGCCAUGGAAUAUAUGCCCAUAUAUUACGUUGACAAACCUUUACAGUUUUUCACCAAAUCGCAAAGUGAAGGUGGAUGGGCGUUCAUCACCAGUUACUUAAGUGCAGGUGGCAACGUUAAGGGCCAAAAGUAUAUGGAGGGGAAGAUAUUAGACAAGGAUGACCUUAAGGGGAAAAGUAAUGAACUGCCCAUCAUGCUGGUGGUCGGUAACGAAGGUGAAGGUGUUCGAACCAAUCUCAGAAUGCGCAGUGAUUUCUUUGUGGAGAUUCCCUUCGGUAGGGAUCCACAGACAAUGGACCACGUGGUGGACUCCUUGAACGUCAGUGUUGCCACAGCAUUGCUCAUCAACAACGUCAUCUGA